AUGCUCAAAGUGGAUAUUCGGGAAAUCAAAGAGAUCCGGCCGGGGAAGAAUUCCCGGGAUUUUGAACGAUACCCAGAAGAUGCCCGGAAGUUGGACUCCACCAUGUGUUUCAUCAUCUUGUACGGGAUGGACUUCAGGCUGAAGACACUGAGUCUGGCGGCCUUCUCCGAAGAUGACGUCAACCUGUGGAUCGCAGGCCUGAACUGGUUGGUGACGGACACGCAGCGAGCACCGACGCCACUCCAAAUUGAAAGGUGGCUGCGGAAACAGUUUGACCUGAUGGACAGAUCGAGAGAAGGCAGUGUCACUCCCAAGGAUCUGAAGGCCCUCUUGCCACAGGUCAACUAUCGUGUGCCUAAUAUGAGAUUUCUGCGGGACAAACUUCUGGAGGUGGAAGUCAGGACCGAAAUGACUUUCAGCCACUUUGCACAUUUCUACAAAAACCUGAUGUUUGACGCCCAGAAAUCGAUCAUUGAGCAGCUAGAAUUGUCUUUCCCCUUGCGUCAAGAACGUUGUGGGACGCGGGAUGAACCCUGGGCAAGCGACAUUGCCCGCGUCCGAGAAUACAUGUGCAGCUACCUGCAGGAUCCCUUCAGCGACAUGACCGAGCCUUUCUUCCAGCUGGAUGAG